AUGGCCGCGCUGCUGGUGCGCGUGUUGCUACUGUGGUGUGUCCCAGUGGCUGCCCUGGUUGGUGGGAUAGCUCCAGACACGCUUGGUCUUGUUCUUUCCAGUGCUGCUUCGAUCUUCGAUUUAUACCAUUGGCUAACCUCCGGCCCCAAGCGGCGGUCUUCAUGGCGAUUCUUCUUCCUGAGAUGGGCCAUCCUGUGUAUUCUCCAGAUUUGGUCUUUGUUAUUGCAUGAGAGCAUCAAGCCAGAACCAGUGGAGCAAACUUCCCAACAUGGGCGUUUUGAGCCAGCUGGCAGUUUGGAAGAUCCACCUGCGAUGCGUGGUUCCAAGGCCUUUCUGCAGUCGGAGAGUCUACCAAAGCCACCUGAGCCAGCUGUGCCAGCUGGGGGACCUCCAAGUAUACCUCGAGCCUCCCUUGCCUUUGUUGGGGAAGGCAAUUUUGUUCUAGAUGCUACGCCUGAAGAUUUGGCGUGGUCUCCACAUACAAUUUCUGUGGUUCUUCCAUGCGCAGAAGAGCGUGAACUGGCGUUCAAAACGGUGAAGUCUGUCUACGAGUCGACUCCUACGGAUGUGUUGCAUGAAAUUGUGGUGGUUGAUGAUGGCAGCAAUCCACCACUUUCUACAACGCAUCUGAACGAAGAGGUGAGGCAGAAAUACAAGGUUGUGAUCAAACGCCACGAGCAGACGGUCGGCCUCAUUGGAGCCAAGCAGACUGGAGGAGAUGCAGCAACUGGUGACAUCAUCGUCUUCUUUGAUUGCCACGUGGGUCCCCAGCCCAAGUGGUACGUCGACUUCCUCACGCUGAUUGGAGAAAAUUACCGCAGAAUGGUGAUUCCUCAAAUCACAGGGCUGGAUAUCGACACCUGGACACAGGUUGGAAGUGGAGGAGGAAUGUCCAAGUGCUACCUGACCUGGGAUGGGGACUUCAAGUGGGGUGGCACUGAUGACAUGUACAUGGGCAUGUUGUCUGGUGGCUUAGCAGGAAUGUCCAGAUACUGGUGGGACGAGAGUGGAGGCUUUGAUUCCAAGAUGUUGGGUUGGGGUGGUGAGAACAUCGAUCAGGGCGUGAGAAUGUGGGUUUGCGGCGGGGAAAUUGUCGCAGCACCUCGUUCGCAAGUUGCACACAUGUGGAGAACUCACUCCGCAAAGACCAGCGCGCAUUACAAGCGCGUCGGAGACACGAUGUUCAAUCGAGCACGAGCCAUCCAUGCCUGGCUCCAAGAGUUUAGUGACAAGCUGUACGAUUAUCCUUCCUUUGCAAAUCGGAAAAAGAACGGUGGUGAAAAUUGGAUUGGCGACAUGAGUACCUUUCACAAUGUUCGGAAGAGACUCAAUGGCUGUCGGCCAUUUGCCUGGUACCUCAAGCGGUUCAAAGCCGUGUACGAAGAUGCUGGUCUCAUCCCUGCCGAGAUCUUCAUGAUUCGCGAGGAACAAAGUGGGAUGUGCUUGCACUUCUUGGGUCCAGCUGGUACAAGCGGAUCUGGAUCUGAGGGAGUUAAGCUGGCACCCUGCGACUCGGACAACCAUCGUUUCUUUUGGCACUUGGGCAACCGCAACCGGCUGAAAUGCUGCAGCGGUCUCCGAGCCUGGAACACCGAUCAAUGUUUGCAGGGCGGCCAGAGUGGUGGCCGUGCCGUGACCAGUAUUUGUGAGCUGUCCGGAGCAAAUACUGCCCAAGGAUGGUCGUUGACCAGAGAUGGCCAACUGCAACGGGGCAGCUCAUGCAUCGGAUCCAAUGGCAACGUGCAACAGCCUGGCUUGAAAGAGGCUCCCUGCAUAUCUUUCCGAAACAAAGGAAGUGCAGCAAGGUUUUCCAAAUGGGGUGCCAAAGUCCCGCUAGAGACCGAGCUCUACCGGAAAGCCCAAAGAGAGCAUCCGGAGGUCUUUGCCCGGCUGAAUGCCGAGAUGGCGUCGCCGCAGGUCAAUCUGCCAGCCAGAUGUAAAGAGAGAGGUAGAAAGUGCUGGAAGCUCUUCUGGUCCGAUGGACAAUGCCUCGACAACGAAGCGCAAUUCGUGGACCCUCAGGGUGAAUGCGGCUUCUUCAUCUACGAAAAUGAACAAAUGAAGCAGGCUGACUCGAUGGCUUGCCUGGACACUUGGUCAGAUGAGGAUGUGAACACCUGGGGACUCUAUGAGUGCCAUUCGGGAGACAAUCAAAAGUUUGUACCUCAAGGGUCGAGAUUCUGUACAUACGUGGACUUGCCGGGACAGCCCCAAUGCUUCCUCGGACAUGACGUGUGA